AUGGCCUUUGAAGCUGCUUCAUCCUCUUCUUCUGCUCAGUUGGAAGAGAUCAGUCUUACUGGUUCAAGUAAAUUGGAAGAGCUCAGUCCUAGUAGCUCAAGACUUGUACCAGAACGACCACCAUCCAUUGCAAACCUAAAUGCCAGUGAUUGCAAGUCGUUGGAAAUUGUGUCAACUUGUAGACCAUCAGGUGGUCAGCCAGUAUACUUCUCAUUCAAGAAUUGUGUGCAACUGAAUGAACAAUCGCUUCCCAACAUCAUGGAGGCUGCUGCCUAUUCUAUACCUUAUUUUUUACUGCAUAAAAACAAGAAUUACCUGGUUCGUUUUUUGAUUUGUGUUGCCGGAAACAGAGUACCGGAGUGGUUCAAAUACAGGGCAGCACAAAGCUCCGUGAUUGUUGAACUCCCUCGACUUUCAGACUUUGCGAAUUUCUUCUUCUGUACUUUCUCAAUACUACACAGUGCUCUCCCUGUUGCUCAAUCAGAUAGAGAUAUGGCCCUUCUUGCUACUUCAUCCUCUUUCUCUGCUCAAUCCCUCCCCAAGAAGUAUGACGUUUUCAUCAGCUUUAGGGGGGAGGACACUCGCUCCAACUUCACUAGCCAUCUUUAUGAUGCUUUCCGCAGAAAAGGCAUCAGAAGCUACAUAGACUCCCAACUCGUGAAAGGAGAUGAGAUCUCACCAUCACUUCUUCUAGCUAUCGAGGAUUCAUAUGCAUCUGUGGUUGUGUUCUCUGAAAAUUAUGCUUCUUCAAGAUGGUGCUUGGAUGAACUCACCCAUAUACUCCAUUGCAAAAGGGUUCAAGGACAGAUUGUUGUUCCUGUCUUCUAUAAAGUUGAGCCAUCUCAUGUACGCAAUCAGACUGGGGUUUUCGAGCAAGCAUUUGAGAAUUAUGAGAGAGAUCUCAAGGUUGACCAACACAAAAUGCAAAUGUGGAAGCAAACUCUUCAUGAAGCUGCAAACUUAGCUGGUUAUGACUCUCACACGUUCAGGGAUGAAUCUGAAUUGAUUCAAAAGAUUGUCAAAGACAUGUUGCAGAAAUUGAAUCACAAGUACCCGCCUGCUGAAUUAAAGGGACUCGUGGGUAUUGAUGACAACUGCAAAGAGAUAGAAUCAUUGUUGAAAGACGCUAAAAGCAUUGGAAUAUGGGGCAUGGGGGGUAUCGGCAAAUCAACCAUUGCCAAAUUUAUAUUUUUAAAAUAUUCUUCCCAUUAUGAAGGUUCUUGCUUCUUGGAAAACGUUAGGGAAAAGUCUCAAAAUGGAAUUGCUGAAUUACGUCACAAAUUUCUCUCUUGCAUGCUAAAGGAAGAUCUCCUUAUUGAUGCCACGACCACUUUUCUUGAGACUAGGCUUAGUCGUAUGAAAGUUUUUGUCGUUCUUGAUGAUAUCAGUACUUUGGAGCAAUUAGAAUAUUUGGUUGGAGGGCCUUUUUGUUUUGGGCCAGGAAGUAAAAUUCUCAUCACAACAAGAGAUAAGCACGCGCUUAGCAAAGGAGUUGACAUAAUAUAUAAGGUUAAGGAAUUGAAGUUCCAUCAAUCCCUUGAACUUUUCAGCUUGAAUGCCCUCAGCACUAGCCUACCCAUAAUGGGGUAUGAAGAACUAACAAAAACAGCAGUUGUUUAUGCGCAAGGAAUUCCGUUGGCUUUAAAAGUUUUGGGUUCAUAUCUUCGUGGUAGAAGUGAAAUUGAAUGGAAGAGUGCUUUAAGGAAACUUGAGAAGAGUCCUCAUAAAGAUAUUCAAAAGGUGUUGAGAUGGAGUUAUGAUGGAUUGGAUGAGGAGGAGAGGAAAAUAUUUCUAGACAUUGCUUGCUUUUUGAAGGGAGAGUUGACAGAAAUUGUAAUCAGUUUAUUAGAUAGCUUUGGUCUCUCUGGAGCAAUUGGGAUAAGAACACUUCAUGACAAGGCUCUCAUAGACGUCUAUGAUGGUUUACAUGUUAAAAUGCAUGAUUUAAUACAAGCAAUGGGUUUAAAAAUAGCUUGUGAAGAGUCUAUUGAUGAGCCUGAAAGACAUAGUAGAUUAUGCAAUUUUGAAGAAAUUUAUGAUGUUUUAGCUAAUAACAUGGGAUCAAAGAAAGUUGAAGGAAUAAAGUUGGAUGUUUCUCAAAUUAAAGAUCUACAUUUGGGAGCCGACAUUUUCAAGAAGAUGCCUAAUAUGAGAAUUCUCAAAUUUUAUUCUCGCUGGGGCCCAAGUCAUGUGCAUCUUCCAGAAGGUCUCAGAUUUCUUCCUAAUAAGAUGAGGUAUCUAGAGUGGUAUGGAUUUCCGCUUAAAUCUCUGCCGUCCACUUUUUGUCCUGAAAAACUUGUUAAGCUCUCCAUGCGCAAUAGCCAUCUACAAAAGCUUUGGAACGGAGUGCAUGAUUUUGUGAGCUUACAAGAGAUAGACCUUAGUGGUUCCAAACAACUCCAAGAGCUGCCCAAUCUCUCUAAAUGCUUGAAUCUCAAAGUGGUACGACUUGUGGAAUGCGAAAGUUUGUACUCUGUUCAUUCCUCAAUCUUGUCUCUCCACUCGCUUGUUCAGUUGGACUUAUAUAAGUGCAAGAAACUUGAGAGUUUAAAAAGUGAGUUACAUUUAGAAUCUCUAAAAGAUAUCAAUGUGCAGUGGUGCUGGAAUCUUAAGGAGUUCUCAGUGUCAUCUAAUAAACUGAGAGAAUUGAAUUUAGAAUCAACAGCAAUUAAAAUCUUGCACCCAUCUGUAGUGCGUUCAAGUAAAUUGGAAGCGCUCAGUCUUGGUGGCUCAAGACUUGUGAACCUUCCCAACCAAUUAUCUUGCUUGACAAGUUUGACGGUUCUUAGGCUUUACGGCUGUCAAAUCAUUGAUGAUUUGAAGCUACAUAUCUUUUUCGAUAGCAUGUUGUCUUUAAGAGUAGUGGUGCUGGAUUGCUGCCGUAACAUAAUUGACCUCCCCAAUAACACUAAGCAUCUUUUAGGAUUGCGAUUUCUUAGUAUAAGGCAUUGUAGGAGGCUUCGUUCUUUACCAGAACUCCCACCAUCCAUUGCAAGACUAGAUGCUGAUUAUUGCGAGUCGUUGGAAAUUGUGUCACCUUGUAGACCAUCAAGUGGUGACCCAGUAGACUUCUCAUUCCAGAAUUGUAUGCAACUGAAUGAACAAUCGCUUCACAAUAUCAUGGAUGCCGCUGCCUAUUCUAUACGUUAUUGUUUAUUGCAUAAAGAUGAGGAUGACAUAGAUCCUUGUUGGAUUAGUGUUCCCGGAAGCAGAGUACCAGAGUGGAUCAAAUACAGGGCAGCGCAAAGCUCCGUAAUUGUUGAACUCCCUCCACUUUCAGACUCAUUGCUUUUCUUCUUCUGCAUUGUAGUUGAUGCUGACUCAGAAAGUAACUGGGAAUCUCACGGUUUGAAAUGCUCAUGCUACUUGGAAGGUUUUGAUGUGAAGUAUUCAGUAUGGGAAGAGUUUUUUGGAGAUUCGAAAUCUGAUCACGUUUUUAUAUGGGAUGAUUCCUUCACAUAUGAAGAGAUAAUGGAUGAAAUUAGAAGAAGAAAUCAACAGUUGUUCGCUAACAUGAAGCUUCACUUUGAAUUUUCUAUAGUAACUCAUGAGGCUAUUAUCAAUGGAGAAAGAAAAACAAGCAAGCCAACGAUCAAAGAAUGCGGGGUGUGGCCAGUAUCUGUCUCAGAAUGUCCGAAAUUUGUUGAGGAAAUGGAAAUGGAGAGGAAAAGGAAGAGGCCCCGCGAUGUUGAAGAGCAACAACCACCACUUCGGUUAAAAAAAAUGGAUACUCUCCUUUGA